UCCUAGCCUGGUUCUCAUGGCUGCCUGGCAUAGCCAUCUGCCCUACAGCUACCUCUCCCCGGCUCCCCCAAGCCUCUGGAGGUCACACCUAGAGACCCGCACUGGCCCACUCCUUCCUGGCAGGGCUGAGGGUCAGACCUUGGGCCAUGGUGAGGAGUGUUUCUAAGAAGAGGCCCCUGGAGUCGUCCCUGGGCGCCUAUGAACGACUAGCCCCAGGCUCGGCGGCAGUUUGCCUUGGGUCAGGGCCCCAGCUGCGUUCUCUGUGACAUGUCGGUGCUUUCUUCCUCUCCUCCGGGGCCCUCGGCACGAGCGGAGCUGCAGCGCGGCCAUCUGAUUGGCCGACUGGACGUGGCGGGGCUAUAAAAGAGAGCCCUGCAGGCUGCGGAGGGAGAUGCUCCCAGGGUUUUGACCGCCGCUCCACUCUCUCAGAGAAGAGCCCGGAGCCCUGGAAACGGAAGCCACAGCCGCCGCUCCCGACGGUCUCCCGCGGCGCACCCCGCCCGCUUCUCGAGAUGUGCAAGGGACUGGCGGGCCUGCCGGCCUCCUGCCUGCGGAGUGCAAAAGAUAUGAAGCACCGGCUAGGCUUCCUGCUACAGAAGUCCGACUCCUACGAGCACAGCUCUGCCCACAGCAAGAAGGACAAAGUGGCUGUUUGCCUGAGGGUGAGCCAAGAGGAAGUCAAGAAAUGGGCUGAAUCACUGGAAAACCUGAUUACCCAUGAAUGUGGGCUGGCCACGUUCAGGGCAUUCCUGAAGUCCGAGUACAGCGAGGAGAACAUUGACUUCUGGGUUAGCUGCGAGGAGUACAGGAAGACCAAGUCACCCGCCAAGCUCAGCCCUAAGGCCAAGAAGAUCUACGAGGAGUUCAUCUCUGUGCAGGCCACCAAGGAGGUGAACCUGGACUCUCACACCAGGGAGGAGACUGGCCGGAAUGUGUUGGAGCCCACAGUGACCUGCUUUGACGAGGCCCAGAGAAAGAUCUUCAACCUGAUGGAGAAGGACUCCUACCGCCGCUUCCUCAAGUCCCGGUUCUAUCUGGAUUUGGCCACGCCUUCCAGUGGCAGGGCCGAGAAGCAGAAGGGAGCCAAGGGUCCUGCAGACUGUGCGUCCCUACCCCCGCAGUGUGCCUGAUUCCCUCUGAGGCCCAGCCUGGAAUGGGAGAUGCUGUGUUCUGGACACCUGAGGACAACAACAAGCGUGGUGACUGUGCACAGCCCUGUGUAAGUCACUGCCAUGUAGACUUGGGUGGAGCAGCCCACCCUCCCCAAGCAAGCACCCAAGUGAUGGCCUCAGGGCUGGGAUUCCAGACCCACUGGCAGUGCCCUCCCACAGCAUGACCUCCAUCUGGUCGGCUGGUGCACAUCCUCUGACACCCAUGUGGACAUGCAUUCUGCUGGCCAGCACUUCUGCAGGUGCGGCGUUAGGUGAGGUCCAUGUAUGGGACACAUGAGUCUGUGUGCAUAUUAAAUAUCUAUAAUACAUA